UUGAAAUCUGCGUUCCCUCUUCUUCUCUUCCCGUUUCGGACAUCAAAGUUUUCCAUUUACAGUCUUUAUGUUUGUUUUCCAUUAAAUACGUCUCUGUGUAAGGUUCCUGGGUUCAAUCAUUGAUUUUCUUUGCAAUUUCUCGCUUUCAAAUUCCCAUCGUUUCCCUUACUGAUGAAUUUUCUUCGUGUUCCUCAGUUUUUUUUUUAUCACCACUGUUCAGUCCGAAAUGAAUAGUUCUUUCUUGAAUUGAUUACAACACAGAUCAGCAGUUUCUGCUGCAUUUUCUGGUAUAUUCAAGGUCAAGAUUUUACGCUUGAGUUCUGUAAUUUUUUCUGAUUUUGGGAUCACUUUCUGGGCGUUGUGCUUCCAAUUCUUUCAUUCAUUUGCUGUACGCUAGUCCUAAUCAUAUUCUUCUGCAUACGCUGUUCUUUUUUUCUUGGGGAGGUCUUUCUGGACUAGCUUUGAUCUCUUAGGGUGAUUGAAGUUCGUAUUUUGCUUUGGGAUUCUGGUUUAUUUGCCAUUCUUGGAAAAAUGAAGCUUGUAGUUCGGGUAAUUGAGGCCAAGAAUUUGCCGCCAACUGAUCCCAAUGGGUUAAGUGAUCCGUACGUGAGGAUACAGUUGGGAAGGCAGAAGUUCAAGACCAAAGUGGUCAAGAAGAGCUUGAAUCCGAAGUGGGAUGAAGAAUUUAGUUUCCGGGUUGAUGAUCUCAAUGAGGAGCUGCAGUUCUCUGUAAUGGAUGAAGAUAGGUAUUUCAAUGAUGACUUCGUGGGACAGCUCAAAGUGCCAGUUUCACUUGUAUUUGAAGAGGAGAUUAAAUCUCUUGGCACUGCUUGGUAUUCUUUGCAGCCCAAAAGCAAGAAGUCCAAGAACAAGGAGUGUGGGGAGAUUCGUUUAAGCAUAUAUUUUUCUCAGAAUAAUUCAUCCUCCGACUCAAAUAGUAGUGGUGAUCAACCAUCGAAUGCAUCUAAUGAAUCACCUUCAAUAUCUCUCACCAGCAGUUCAUGCUCAUCUCCAAAGAGAAUUCAAGAAACCACAACAUCUAAGGAUGAAAAAUCCUUUACCCAAAAAUCAUUAGCUGGUCGAAUUGCUCAAAUGUUCAAUAAAAGUUCUGAUAUCACUUCAACAGUACCUGAGAGAAGCGUGGACACAGAUUCAUCCGAAAAUAGUAAAGAUGAGGUUGAUGAGAUCAAGACUGAGGAUCAGUCCUCUAAUGAAACUUUUGAAGAUGUUAUGGGAAAAAUUCAGUCCGUAGAUCAAGGCUCUGAAAUUCCAAGCAAUUUACCUGGAGGAGUGCUGAUAGAUCAACUGUAUGUCAUUGCACCAGAAGACUUGAAUACGUUAAUUUUUUCACCUGAUUCAGAUUUCCUCAAGACAUUGGCAGAUUUCCAAGGCACUACAGAACUCCAAGUAGGACCUUGGAAAUUUGAGAAUGAAGGCAAGAGCUUGAAAAGAUCACUUACAUACAUCAAGGCUCCCACUAGAUUAAUCAAGGCUGUCAAAGCGUUUGAGGACCAAACAUAUAUUAAAGCUGAUGGAAAGAAUUUUGCCGUCCUAGCAAGUGUCAGCACUCCAGAUGUUACAUAUGGGAGCACCUUUAGGGUAGAAUUGCUCUUUGUAAUUACACCUGGGCAUGAAUUGCCAUCAGGAGAACAGUGUUCACAUCUGGUGAUAUCAUGGCGAAUGAAUUUCUUACAGAGUACCAUGAUGAAAUCAAUGAUAGAAAAUGGGGCUCGUCAAGGUGUGAAGGACAACUAUGAUCAGUUUGCAGAUUUGUUAUCUCAGACUGUUAAACCUGUUGAUUCAAAGGAUCUUGGCUCCAAUAAGGAACAAGUUUUGGCAUCACUACAGGCAGAGCCCCCGUCAGAUUGGAAGCUGGCAGUCCAGUUUUUUGCCAAUUUCACUGUUGUCUUAACAUUUUUCAUGGUAUUGUAUGUUCUUGUCCACAUUUGGAUGGCUGCACCCAGUAAAGUUCAAGGGCUUGAGUUUGAUGGGCUUGACUUGCCAGACUCAAUUGGUGAAUUUGUUGUUUGUGCUGUCAUAGUUCUUCAAGGCGAACGAUUGUUGGGUUUAAUUUCACGCUUUAUGCAGGCCAGAGCACAAAAUGGUAGUGAUCAUGGAAUUAAAGCACAAGGAGAUGGGUGGUUGCUGACUGUUGCCCUGAUUGAAGGAAGCAAUUUAGCGGCUGUUGAUUCAAGUGGAUUCUCUGAUCCUUAUAUAGUGUUUACUUGCAAUGGGAAAACACGAACCAGUUCUAUCAAGUUUCAGAAAUCUGAUCCUCUAUGGAAUGGGAAAUUGGCUCUGGCAUACCAGUCCAAGCUGCAUUUGAGAAUUUUCUUGGAGAACACUAGAGGUUGCAAUGUUGUAAGAGAUUAUUUGAGUAAAAUGGAGAAAGAGGUUGGGAAGAAGAUUAAUUUGCGGUCGCCUCAAACAAAUUCAGCCUUUCAGAAAGUCUUUGGGCUUCCACCAGAGGAAUUUCUCAUCAAUGAUUUCACCUGCCAUUUGAAAAGAAAAAUGCCCAUGCAGGGGCGCCUAUUUCUAUCACCAAGAAUAAUUGGAUUUCAUGCAAAUUUGUUUGGAAAAAAGACAAAAUUCUUUUUUCUUUGGGAGGACAUUGAAGACAUCAAGGUCAUUGACCCUAAUUUUUCUUCAAUGGGGAGUCCAAUAGUUGUUAUAACUCUUCGGCCAGGAAAAGGGAUGGAUGCAAGGCAUGGGGCAAAAACACAAGAUGAUGAAGGCAGGCUGAAGUUUCAUUUUCAGUCCUUUGUGUCUUUUAACGUAGCACACAGGACAAUCAUGGCUCUCUGGAAGGCCAGAUCUUUGAGUCCUGAACAGAAAGUCCAGAUGGUUGAAGAAGAGUCUGAGAACAAAAGCCUCGCUAGUGAAGAGAACGGGACAUUCCUUGGCCUUGAUGAUGUCAGCAUGUCUGAAGUUUAUUCUUGUACCCUUCCAGUUCCUGCCACUUUCUGCAUGGAGCUGUUCAAUGGAGGAGAGUUAGAUCGUAAGGUCAUGGAGAACUGUGGCUGUCUUAAUUAUUCCUACACCCCUUGGGUAUCAGAGAACAGAGAUGUCUAUGAGAGGGCCAUAUAUUACAGAUUUGAUAAGCAUGUUUCACAGUUUGGUGGUGCAGUGACAAGCACACAACAAAGAUCUCCCCUUUUGGAUGGAAAGGGCUGGCUUCUGGAAGAGGUUAUGAACCUUCAUGGAAUUCCUCUUGGUGACCAUUUUAAUCUACACCUCCGUUAUCAAAUAGAGGAUUUACCCCCGAAAGCAAAGGGAUGCAGAGUUCAGGUAUUCUUUGGAAUUGAAUGGCUAAAAAGCACAAAGCGUCCAAAAAGGAUCACAAAGAACAUCAUAACAAAACUGCAAGAACGUCUGAGGGUGAUGUUCAGUCUAGCUGAGAAGGAGUUCUUGGCGAAAUAGUGAAUGAACCAUCCUUUGGUUGGUCGACUGACCCUGAACAAUGGUGAGAGCAAGCUGAUAUUCCUGCAUUUUCACUCCAUACUUGCUGUCAGGCACAAAGUUUUCUCCUUUCAUCAGCUUGGACUUGAUUAAUGAUGCUGCAGCAGACAGAUUUAGCGGUCUGUUUGAUUGCGCUCCAUCAGCUGGACUUGAUUUAUCUGCUGGGAUUGUUAUGCAGGGGAAUUUUUCUGAUCUCGACCAUGCAAUUCUUUUGUUCUUCAACCCAGAAUUCUAUUUGAGAGAUUACCCAUCUCUCUUGCAACUAACUAGUUAUACAUCAAUUUUGUUCUUCGGGAUUGCAGGAGCAGCAUCGAUCUCGUUUUUGGUAUUCUGUACAUUAAGUGUCACUCUUCAGAUAAAAGUUGACAGCUUGCUGGCCAGAGUUGUGUCUAGUAAAUAUUCUGGCCUCUGUAAUUAUUACUGAAUAAGUAACACUAAUUGUACUUUGUUAUACACUAAUGAUUGUUGUAAAUGAUUCAUUUAGGCCUUCGGACGCCAUCAAGCAAAAUUCUUUUCUUCAUU